GACGCCAGAAGUCAGCGUUCUCGGGCAAACAUUGCUCAAAACCUCUUCUUUUUGUUUUUCUCAUUUUAUUUCUGUUAAUUCUCUUCAUCUUUCUGUUAAUUCUCUUCAAGAUAUAUCAUAUCAUCUCUCGCUGUACUCGCAGAGAUGACUGCAAUGUCGCCGUCAAAAGUCCGUCUGGCAGGCGUACGCAACUACCUCAACACCUUUGCACGACACAGUCCCAGCAUUUUCUAUGUAAACCGAAAGCAGCAGCAUGGAAGCCCGCGCUUCCACCAAUCCAAGAAUGCCACUGCCUGCAAGCCGCUGUCUUCUCCUCUCGGUCUUUCCGCCGAACAGCGACCAACAAGCGUAGCUGAGCAUGUUCUUACCACUUUCGAUCAGCUCGUCGCCUGGGCACGCAACGGCUCCAUGUGGCCCCUCACAUUCGCUCUCGCCUGCUGCGGCAUCGAAAUGAUGCACUCCUCCAUGCCUCGCUACGACAUGGACCGCCUGGGUAUCAUCUUCCGGGCCUCGCCGCGGCAGUCGGACGUAAUGAUCGUCGCCGGCACCGUUACGAACAAGAUGGCUUCGGCUGUGCGACAGUGCUACGAUCAGAUGCCAGAUCCGAAGUGGGUGAUUAGUAUGGGUAGUUGUGCGAAUGGCGGCGGAUAUUACCACUACAGCUACAGUGUAGUGAGGGGUGUGGACAGGAUCUUGCCUGUAGAUAUAUACGUCCCUGGGUGCCCGCCGACAGCCGAGGCAUUGCUGUAUGCCAUCUUUCGAUUGCAGAGGAAGAUUCAGAAGACAAAGGUGACUAGGAUGUGGUAUCGCAAGUAGACUGUGGAUGCAGCAUUGCAGGAUCAGAAAUCUCUACCAUCUUAGCCGAGAUGGCCUCGCAUUUGGUGUUCCUCGGCUUGAUAGAAACGUUGCAAGGCACCUGAAGCUUCUGGAACGAAAGACACCGAAGCAAGCUCAUUGCCGGAAAUCGGCAAGCUGAGAGGUCUAGUAGGGGGUUCGGUGCCGGGGCCUGGGGCUCUCAAGGUCCAAGAGCCUCAACAUUCUGAAUGACAUCAGAUGGUUC